AGUUUCCAGUUUUAAUAGUUCGAGGGCGUUAGAUAUGCGGUUUUACAGCUAGAGAGUGUGUUUUGGACAAGGUAAAUAGUUGAAGGGCGUAAAAUGGACUUAUCCCUAUAAAAAAUGACCAUGACUUGGUCAUUUUUGAAGCUUCAAGUUUAUGGUGCGCUUUUGCAAUGUUUAAAGUAUUGUGUUUAUUAUUUAAGGUUGUUUUUUAUACUAUAUUGUCGAUGUCCUUAUUACUGUUUAAGAUGCUCGAAGAAAAAAAAAUGAAUAGGUUCUCUGCGUAUACAUGGACAUGCAGUACGUUUCUACUACUACGCACACGGGCAAACUAGUACCGUCUGGCUGUACACCGAAAGCAAGCUGUGAGCUGACAAAAGGGUGAGCAUCAGUAGGCGUAGGUGUAGACGGGGGUUGGUCUCUCUCCGGUGUCUUCUUCCCGCGAGAAUCCACGCAUAAAACGGCCGCACGCGCACGCGCAACAACUCCUCUGCCACCGUCGUCAACCCCAUCAUCUGCACGGCUGAACCGGGGGACGGACGACGACGACGACGACGACCGGAAGAGACGGCUGCUGGCUGGUUCCCCCAUUCUUCGCCUCAUCUCACCCGGUCGCCACCCAACUUUUGCCUCCCAAAUCAUCGUCGAAAUGGCGGGCCAUCUGCUCCUGCUCCUCCUGCUCGCUCUCCUCCUCGCCUCCUCCGUCCUUGCCAAAGCUGCCGCCGGCUUCACCGAGGAGAAGGGCGUUGCUGGGAUCAGAGGCGUGAUAGGGUCGAGGCCGCCGAGCUGCGAGGGGAGGUGCAGGUCGUGUGGCCACUGCGAGGCGGUGCAGGUGCCCAUAACCCCACAGCAGCUGCAGAAGAAGAGAGGCCAAGGCGACGACAGGAGGAGGAAGAAGAAGCAGCUGCUCGGCCAUGGCGACAGAGCUGCUGCUGCCGGUGGGAGGGCAAUGCCUGAUUCCUACGACGACCACUCCAACUACAAGCCGUUGAGCUGGAGGUGCAAGUGUGGGGGAAUGAUCCUGAACCCAUGAGGAAAAUCGAUCGAUCUCCACCGGUUUGAUGAACGAACCUGAGGUCGAUCUUGUGGAUAUAUAAUAGUACAGGGGAUUUCGGGAUUCUUGUUUGCUGAUUUCCAUCUUUGAAUUUGUUGAUGAUCCUUUUGUUUUUUGGGGGCGAGAAUUGAAGUUAGCUUCCAACUUGCUGCCGUUUAUACGGGCCCUUUGUAACGAUCACUAGCUGCUACUCUAGCUUUGGUGAAGUCAUGCUCUUUUGAUUCAAACAUGUGCAGGAUGCCUGGUUUAUUACUA